AGGAAACUGAUUUUGAAAUCUGAUAUCUUUGAUUUGGAUUCUUCGUUUGUAGGUCUUUACCAAAACCCUUUGUGCCAGUAUAAGCUGUACCGUUUAUACAUCAUUUACCAUCUUCCAGGAGUCAAGCUGCUUGACAGAAAUCAAGUUACAGAAAAAGAAAGAAGAUCAGUGAUUACCAUUUUUGACCACAAAAAAGCUCAUAUCAUGCAAUCAAUUGCAUUUGGAAAAAAAGUAGAUUCUUCAUGGAACCCCAAAUUACCAUUGCAGCAGAAACUAGUUCGCAGGCUACCAUCAGAUUUUGCGUUUGGGGAUAGUGUAGACAAGACUGUGUUUGAGGACCCAGAAGAUGCUGUGUUUGUAAGGUCCAUGAAGAGAUCAAUAAUGUCUUUUUCUUCCUUGAACUGGGACACCGUUCCAACACGAGAGGAAAAAUAUCUUCAAGAGGAAGGCACAGAACCUGCUAGAAUGUUCACUCUCACACUGAGAUAACCCAGAAUUUCCAGAAAUCCUCAGAGCUUUCAGCCCACCUUAAGGUUCCUGGUAACAUAACACAUUACAUAUUUGCUAUGACUUCAAACUUCUAAAUGUAAAGAGAAACACCAAGAUGAAAACCAAUUUGCACACUGUAAGGUUUCUUAAGAACAAGAUGGAAAAAUUGGAUUACUAAGAUGAGGUGAGGAUUAUACUCAUCUUGACAUCAAAUUACGCAUUAAAACCAGCUUUCCUUUGUUCUACAACAUUUGCAGUUUCUUGCUAUUUGGCAUAGGUUUUAAUACUUACCACUCCAUGACAAUAAUAAAUUAUGAAAAAGGGUAAGUUAUGUUCAUAGGUGUGAGUUAUUUUUAAAUCAACACAAGAAACUCUGAAAAAGAGGAAGACCUUCAGAUUAUCCAAGCUCUAUGAAAACACAUGUACUAAAAUUUACAGGCUU